CAUAUACACACACACACACUACUCCAUAGAAUCCCACAUCAUCUUUCUCUAGCUAUCUCUCUCUAUCUCUCUUUCACAAUGGAUGAGUUCUUUAGUUCAGAUGAAUUCAUGGUGAUGAUUGUCCCACUCAUAGUUUACUGGGUUUAUUCAGGCUUGUAUGAGAUGCUUGGCUCUUUAGACAACUAUAGACUCCAUUCCAGAAGAGAUGAAGAUACCAAGAACUUAGUUUCCAAGCUUGAUGUCUUCAAAGGAGUUCUUUUCCAACAAAGUCUUCAAGCUGCCACUACAUUCCUCAUCUUCAAGUUAACACAUGAUCCCAAUCAAUCUAAAACAACCAGCACAAGUACUACAUCAUCUUUUCCGACACUGGCUCGGCAAAUCUUCGUCGCAAUGUUCGUAUUGGAUGCAUGGCAAUACAUGGUUCACCGGUGCAUGCAUUCAAACAAGUUCUUGUACAGAAACUUCCACUCAUGGCAUCACAGGGUUGUUGCACCCUAUGCUUUUGCAGCUCAGUACAACCACCCUUUGGAUGGAUUUUUCACAGAGGCUUUAAGUGGAGCUAUGGCCUUCUUCAUCUCAGGGAUGUCAGCAAGGACAUCAAUCUUCUUCUUCUCAUUUACAACCAUUAAAGGGAUUGAUGAUCACUGUGGUCUUGUUUUGCCAUGGAAUCCAUUUCAGUUGUUGUUCAGUAACAACACUGCUUAUCAUGAUGUGCAUCACCAGCUUUCUGGAAGCAAGUGUAACUUCUCACAACCUUUCUUUGUUGUGUGGGAUAAGGUUUUUGGGACUUAUGCUCCUUAUAGUAUUAAAAAGAGAGAAGGUGGUGGAUAUGAAGCAAGGGUCUUAAAGAGUUGUGAUAAUUAGUACUGGUGUAGGUGAAACCGUAAAAGUUGUUUAGCUUUAACAGUGAGGUAAGAUAAAGGAACAAACGGGCUUGUCAAGUUGUACUUACAAAGUCAGACAUUGUGUCGAGACAUCUUCAUGUA